AUGUCCACCGCACUGUCCGACGAAGUCUUGGUUUUGAUUGCCGAAGAUUCCAUAUUCGGCAAACGAGAUCAUCUGGUGCUUUGUUUUACGUCGAAGAGGCUUCGUCGGAUCGUCUAUCCGCUCCUCUACAGACAAAUUUGGCUCAGAAACAAGGGCCACUACUUUCUCCUUCGCUCCAUCGUCAAUAAUCCCCCCCUGGGUCACUUGAUCAAGUCUCUCAAUAUAUCCUGGGACGCAAACUACGAUGACGACACCGAACGCGUCGACGAUCCGGAGGUCGAGCAAGUGCUCACACGGUUCGCGGAGGUAGCGACAACUCGACUGCCGGAAUCGGUCGUGGAAGGAAUUUCAGCAGUAUCAGAAAGCGCAGAGGUUCUCCUCUUGCUUACGCUUCUUCCUCAGCUGGGUCGGCUCGAGCUCAGUCCGUCGGGAGAUACACACUUUUUGGAGACAGAUUUAUUCACUAUAAUCAAAUGUGGACUUCUCUCUAGCUCAUUGUCCACCGUCUCCUAUGCGCAUUGGGAUACCGAGGGUGGCUUUGACUGUAGGAACCUCCACGCGUUCUUCUUCCAACCCUCUAUUACACGUAUAGAAGCACGCGCAUGCAUUACAUACGAUGACAACGACGAACCGCCCGGGGUUGGGUCAGUCACACCCUACUUGCGUGACUUGCGAGACUUCUACGGUCAAUCGUCCGUGGAGAGUCUCUGUCUUUACCAAUGCGCACUAUCUGGAGACAGUAUCGAGGUAUUUCUGCGCCUACCGAAGGCGUUGAAAUGCCUGAAGUAUGAACUUGCAUCCGCGACAGUUGGUUGGGUCGAUUCCCCGUUUUCCAACGUUGGCAAGGCGCUCUCCUACGUAUCUACGAGUCUGGAGACACUCAUUAUCUCUCUGACUGAAUAUGAUGGGGAACUAGACGGUCAGGAAACGAUUGGUUCACUCAAGGGGUUUGCACGACUCCGGUUACUGUGUGUUCCGGCAUCUCUUCUCCUUGGAGAUGAUACGACUCGCUCUUCGGAGAUAUCUGGGCUCCUGCCAAAUAGCCUGGAGGGUCUCGAGCUUGAAGCAUUCGACGACUUGUGGGAGUGGACAGACGUCGUCGAAUGCUAUCGAGGUAUUCUUACAUCAAUGCGAGCAGAUCGUUCACAAUUUCCGGCUCUCAAGACCAUGUCGAUUGGUGGAAUACCGAAGGAGGGCUCGGGAUGGGAGUCUCUCCAUGGACUCGCAGCUAAAGUCGGGGUCUCCUUGGUGGAGAAAAGUAUUCAUUUUUCGUGCUGA